AUGAAGGGUACUAAUGACAUAAAUUGUAUUUUGGAUCUUCUGUUAGACUGCUUUGCAUGCUCUUUGGAUACUGGUUUUCGUGUAUAUAACAUCUCACCAUUGACUGAAAAGACAAGACUAGAAUUUGACCAAGUUGGCAGUGUCAGCCAAACUCAAUUGCUUUACAGGUGCAAUCUAUUGGCCGUUGUUGGUGGUGGCUUAUUUCCUCAAUACUCACCUAAUGAUGUUUUAAUUUGGGAUGAUCUUAAAAGGCAAUUCGUAUUACGGUACUCUUUUAAAUCGUCAGUCUUAGCAGUACGAAUGAGACGAAAUAGGAUUAUUGUUGUAUUAAGUAAGAUGCUAUACGUAUUCUCAUUUCCUAAUACCAGCAAAUUACUUUAUUCGUUUGCUACAGCAGAAAACCCAAACGGUCUUUGUGAAAUCUCUUCUAGUACUAAUCAUGCAGUAUUGGUUUUUCCUGGCAAGAUAACCGGUAGAUUGCAACUAAUUGAUUUGAUGCAACAUCGAGAUGAUGACAAGAGUCAUCAGCCGGUCAUUAACGCUCACGAAAAUGCUUUGGCCUGUAUAGCUUUAAAUCAUCAGGGUUCACGUGUAGCGACUGCGUCAGUGAAGGGGACCCUAAUACGAAUAUUUGAUACUUCCUCUCAGCAAAAGUUAUUUGAAUUCAGGCGUGGAUUAGAUCCUGCUACACUAUAUUGUAUGAAUUUUAGUUUAAAUUCGGAAUACCUGUGUGCAUCUAGCGAUAAAGGAACAGUCCACAUCUUUGCUCUUAAUCUCACUUCUUUAAAUCGGAGAUCUGCAUUAUCUAAAAUUGGACUAUAUGGGCAAUACGUAGAUUCGGUUUGGGAUUUUACUAAUUUUACCAUUCCUUUAGAAUGUGCUUGUAUAUGUGCCUUUACCAGUGACCAUACUAAUCAAAUUUUUUUAGUUAUAUGCAUCAAUGGCACAUUCCACAAAUACAAAUUUUCAUUGGACGGAGUUUGUACCCGUACGGAAUAUGGCAUGUAUCUUUGCAUUGGCGACAACGAAUUUUAG